AUCUUCUCUCCGCCUCUUACCAUGCUUCAGGGAGUCGACAAAGCUUGCAUUCUGAGCGGUCAUCAAUGCGCAUGGCUGUUCUCUAAUUCGGACAUAUGUACCUCGCUUUCUCUGUUGACACACUGUGACUUGUGUAUGCAAGAAUAGCAUUUGCCGGGAAACACUAAUCACUUUACCUACUCAUUGCACAUUCCACUUAAAAUUGAACAAGUGUGACCUUGGGGGCAAAUGGGCAGGAGCUUCAACCACUGGAUUUCGGCAGAUCUUAGUCUUACUAUCAAAUUAAAGCUUCCAUUAUGCUUUAAAUUGCGCUUUUAGUGGAAUACACAGAUAUACAAAUGUGUUUAGAUUUAAAAAUGUGUUGCUAACUUCCCCGAGUCUUCAGGAAAAGCCUCCAAAGGUUAGAGAAAUAUGAUAACACACACAUACAUACUUUGUUAGAUAACUUCACCAGAUGGUGACUUCAUUGAAGCCCCUAGAAAGCUAUUAAGUUGUUAGAAUCUAACCCUGCAAAGGCAUUACUCUGCAGGCUAGAAAAAUGAAUCAGAGAAGUGUCUCAGCCUUGUCAGCUGAAGUAGGAGGAACCUAUUUACAAACACACAAACUACUAAACUGACUACCUCAAAGAGUGAGUGAGGCGUGACAUGUGGACUAUCAGUCCUCCUGCAGAUUUGCAGACAGCAUGUCGUGGCCCGGCUACAUCAAGUACCACGGCCUAGCCCUGCCACCUGGAGCACACUCAGAAGAGAGCUUGGAAUAUGCCCAAAGUUUCUCUGUGGAAGACACCGAUGUGUUUGCUGUAACAUAUCCUAAAUCAGGUACAAUCUGGAUGCAAGAGAUCCUCCCGCUGGUGCUGAGUGAGGGGGACUUGACGCCUAUCCAAACAAUCCCCAACUGGGAUAGAGUUCCCUGGCUCGAGGAGAAAAGACUAAAAGAAGUUGUGGAUCAGUUGUCUUCUCCACGAGCACUGGUCACACAUUUUCCUUUCCAACUCAUGCCGCAAUCGUUCUUCUCCUCAAAAGCCAAGGUGAUCUAUGUAAUGAGGAACCCCAAGGAUGUCAUUGUGUCUUCUUAUUAUUUCCACCAGAUGGCUGCUUUCCUUGAAGACCCUGGAACCUGGGAUGAGUUUAUUGACAAAUUCCUGGAAGGCAAAGUGAUGUUUGGCAAAUGGACAGACCAUGUUAAGAGCUGGAAGCACGCAGAUCUGGGAGACAGAAUCAUGUAUAUAACAUACGAGCAAAUGAUUCAGGACCUUCCUUCAGCUGUACGUCGUAUUGCUGAUUUCCUGGGAAAGAACCUGAGUGAUGAAGUCAUUGAGAAAAUAGCCAACCAUUGUUCUUUCAAGUCCAUGCAAGCCAACAAGAUGUCUAACUUCAGUUUGGUCCCCAAGAUGUAUAUGGACGCUGACAAGUCUCAAUUCCUUAGGAAAGGUAUUGUUGGAGACUGGAAAAAACAUUUCAGUUCAGCGCAACUGGCCCACUUCUCCUCGACCAUUUACAAGGAGCUGGAAGGGGAGACUUUUACUCUGCCAUGGAACCUGAGUGAUGCAGCAGAGGUCACAAAUGUGUAUGCUUAACUCUUUACAGCAAUAGAUUCAGAAUUAGGUUAUCUAAACAUCAAAUAUUAUGAUCAAGACUUGAUACCCUGUCACUAUUGAGGGUUACCCUUCAUUUUCAGAUUUAGAGUAAAAUGCUGGGAUUGACUCGUCAAGCUUCAUUAUCAAUACUGUAUACACUAACUUGUCUGUUUACCAUGUACACCUGCACAGUAAUCCAAAACAAGACUCAUUCACUGUAUGGGUCCAGGGAUGUGCUACUUAACAAAUAUCAAGUGUAUCUGUUGACAUACUGACAAGUAUAUAUUUUUAUUUUUUCACUAUGUACGUUUUGAACCUCACAAGUGUAUUAGUUUAUAUAGUUUGGGUGAUGAUGAGGUACAUAUUACUGAAAUAAUAUAUUUUUAAUAACUACUAUUUUGUCUUGUUUACUAUGUAGAGUAUCGUAAAAUGUGAUGCUCAAAUUAUUCAUGCGAAUGCUAUUUGCAUGUGACUGAAUAAAAUGCUAUUUUUCUUGGA